AUGCUCCGUUCCCCCCUGCCCGCCUUCUCCCGCAGCCGCCUUCCACAGACCAUUUCCACAGAGGAAAAGGAAUCGUAUCACCCCUUUGCUGAUGCAAGUAAGGGUGAUGACCUGCUUCCUGCCGGCACUGAGGAUUAUAUCCACAUAAGAAUUCAACAGAGGAACGGCAGGAAGACCCUGAGGACUGUCCAAGGGAUCGCUGAUGAUUACGAUAAAAAGAAACUAGUGAAGGCGUUCAAGAAGAAAUUUGCCUGCAAUGGUACUGUAAUUGAGCAUCCAGAAUAUGGAGAAAUGAUUCAGCUACAGGAUGACCAGUGCAAGAACAUAUGCCAGUUCCUAAUAGAGACUGGACUGGCUAAGGACGAUCAGCUGAAGGUUCAUGGGUUUUAAGUGCUUGUGGCUCUC